GUCAAUAAAACAUGAUGAAAACUAAAUAAAAAUGACAUAAACAUCACUACGUUUCAGCAUACUCAAACCGAUUUCAAUGAUUCUAUUCAUAAUUAUCGGUUUCCUACCAUAUUUAUAUGGUGAGAUUGUGAGAAUUCCUCUCCACCCUUUGAAAAGAUCUGAUUCAUUGGUGGGACUUGGUGCGACUUACUUUAAGCCUUCGACGAGAAAAUGGAAGUAUGAAUGGAAUAAGCAGAAUACAUCUACACCGGAACAAUUGAUUAAUUAUGAAAACCUUCAGUAUUAUGGUGAGAUAUCAGUUGGAACUCCACCUCAAAAGCUACGAGUAUUGUUUGAUACAGGAUCCACUGACACAUGGUUAGCUUCAAGGAAGUGUUGGUUUCUUGAUAUAUUUUGUUGGAUGUUUUCGUUUUACGAUAGCUCGAAAUCGUCGACUUAUGUAGCAGAUGGUUCCAAUUUUAAUGUCCAAUAUUUAGACAGUAAUUACUCUGGAUUUUGGAGUUUGGACACUAUACGAAUAAACCCGUUGGAGAUUCGGAAUCAAGCGUUUGCUGAAAUGAGGAGUAUAUUUAAUCUCGAUUACUUAUCUGAUAAAUAUGAUGGAAUAAUUGGCAUGUCGAAUAGACGGAUAUCGGAAUAUGGAAACAUUCCAAUGUUCCCGAAUAUACUAGCUAAUGGUGUGAAUAUGAACCCAAUAUUUUCAUUUUAUUUAAAUCGUUUGCAAAUAAAUGGGAUAAACUUUUGCAACAUAUGUUCUGCUGUUAUUGAUACUGGAACAUCUUUAAUUAUUGGACCAAAUGAACAAGUGGAAAGAAUCAAUUCUUUACUUCAUGCUUUUGAUAAUUUUGGAAGAAACGUCAUUGACUGUGGUCGAAUUGAUAUGCUCCCUUCGAUUGAGUUCAUAUUUCAUAGGAAAAAGUACAUUCUGAAGCCACAACACUAUGUAGUCAAGGUACAUACAAGCAAUUCAUUUUGUCUUAAACAAUGCUAUUCACUGUACCAGUUAUGAGAUAGACAUGUUUGAUACAGAAUUGUUUGUUAAAAUUAUGAAGUUCCAGUCAGUUUGAAGUUGUAAUAGGUCAGUUUAAUUCAUAUGAAACAUUUAUAUGAAAUUACUGGUGUAUUUCACAACCGAAAUUAUGCAAUCUACACUAAACUGCAGAGUCAGCGAUUGACAUAUUUAUACCACAGUAAAUUUCCACGUCCGUUUGUUAUCUGGCUAACUUAGAUGGACGGAUAACACUAUCAUAAUAUUUCUUUUUUGGGACACAUGUAGAGGUAAUUUAUUAAAAAUACAGCUAUAUGGAAAUUUAAGAAACUGUUAAUACAAAUUUUAUAGUAGUUUAGUCACAAAGAACACAAGUGGGGAUAAUCGAAUGUUUUAGAACAUAAAAUUACAGAACAUGUUAUCAAAAUCUGAGAGUCAUACAGUAAAUACUUCAUUUGCAAAAUAUCAGUCAAUCGUCUCAGACUUUAUUGUUCCUUCGUUUCCACACCGAUCAUUCUCUGUUCUCAUUCUGCUUUCUCCAAUCUUCUUAACACUCUGUUGCCAGGUAUUUCACUUUUGAUUGAUGAUACAUACUACUUAUAUCUAUCUACAUCAGUAGCACACACCACAAUAGUACUUAAACCAUUAGUGGAUUAAGCUCAUCAUCGUUUACUGUGAAUAGAAAACUAAAACAUAGAAUUUUUGUACAUUAUAUAAAAUAUUCGUAUUAAGAAAAUUUAGGAGUAAAGAAUGAGCUAAAUGGACCACAUCAUUUUUAAUUUUUAGUAAGCUGAGAGUGAGGGAGAUUUUGUUGCAAAUAACUGUUUUAAAUAAAGUAUAUAUGAUGAAAAACGAUCCACUGUGUGCAUUACCAACUUAAUACAAUCAUUUGAAACAUUAAAGUUUAUUGAAUACGAAGUUUAAACUGAUGUCAACAUAAUCCAUGUGAAGUAAUGUGAAGAAAGGCGAUCUCAGAGAAAACAUGAAUCAUUAGUUUCUUAUUGAGUGAUGUAUAUUACAAUUUGUAAUGAACAAAUAACCAGAUAGAGGAAAUGAUUGCUAAUCUUUGAAUAAUCUUUCAGACGGUCACUAUUCAGACCAACAAGAUGGAAACAAUUUGCUUCCAUACUAAUGUAUUUUUUGUUCAAUUACAGGAGACCGAUUUCUUUAAAACAAUUUGUUUGUCACCUUUUCAAUCUCAUUUUUCGUUACCUCCUAACUAUUGGGUUCUUGGUGAUGUUUUUAUGGGAAAAUUCUAUACUGUAUUCGAUUUCGGUCAGAGAAGAAUUGGACUGGCUGAUGCUGUGGGAGCAUAGAGAUGAGCUCAUUGACGAAAAUAAAUGGUUGUAUGCAAUAAAAAAGAAAUAAAUAAACAAAUUGUUUGUGUCAAUAUACACGCAUUGUGAAGUUGGUGUAAGAAGAAAAGGUGUAUAUCUAUAUAUGUAUAUAUGUUUAGUGUUAAAUUUUUCGUAAGACGCUACUUAUGAAUUGUCUUGAUAGAACAUUUUUGUUACAAGGAUUAUAAUAAUUUGAGGUAGCAAUUGGGAACCAUUAAUUUUCGAUAGGAGGAUUGCGAUAUCCUACUGAAGUAUAAAUAGUGUAUCGUGGGGCGGUAUAAUAUCUGUAGUGUCGGUAAUUAUGCCAAGCCCAUAUACCUUAUUCGAGCUUCCGGACAUCCCAUUUUAUUCAUUCUACUCGAGCCAUACUUUGACCUUGUUAUUUAUUCGCUUAUCAAUCUAGACUGUUUUUAUAUGAGCGUAUAUGUGUGUGCCCUUCUUAUUCCAUUAAUCACAUGUCUGUAGCUUUAUUUUGUCUGACUAUAAAUAUUGAGUAACGCUUGACAAAGAUGGAGUUGGCUUCCCAGCCAUCUUCCCUGCGUGUCAUUUUGCUCUGUUCUAUUACAUUCACUUUACAUACAAAAUAUAUGUAUUCAAAAUCCCAUUCUCGUUAUUUGACUUAUCUAAAUUCCGUUAUUGACUAACGUGAUUUAGGUCGACGAUGAUAUACGAGAAAAGGCGAUAACAAACAUCCAUACAAUAUAAAUUGGAGUCAGAUCAACGGGCCACUAAAUAUCUAUAAGGAGAGAGGUUUAGUAAACAUGUUGAGUAAAAAUAAUAACUAAGCACUGUAUGUUCUUAAAAUUUCAUCGGUGGAACAAAAUGGAGUUAUAAGUUUGAUUAUUUUUAAAGGGAGGAUCGAGCUACAGGUAAUAAUAAAUCAGAAAAUAGUGGUAUCGAUUUUACUUCAUUCACAGAUUAACAAAUUAUUCAGAAGUUCCGAAAACUUACAAGUAAUUCAUAAGAAGUAAGAGUAAGGAUGAGACGGUUUUAUUUUUGGUAAAGUUAUGCAUGAUAAAAUUAAGGAGAUCUACUUACUUGAUAGCACCAAUGUAUGCAAACGAUGGUUUAUUUAGUAUUGUGAAGACGACAAUAAGGUUUAGUUAGACUCUCCACUUUCAUAAAGGGUUGGGUUCAAGUAUACUGGAUGUGAAUUCGUAGUUUAUGGUAGAACCAUCCCUAGGUAUGCGUAGUGUUAAUCACAGCAGUAUUUAUUUCGAUCUAUGUUUAUUAUUAAUGUUGACGCUAUUCAGAAUGAAAGUGCAUCAUUCUAGGCGUAGUCGGGUACAUAAUUCGUGGAUUAAAAGGUGAAUCAUAUUUAUAGAAGUUACGUUGUAUGAAAUACAGAAUUAAUUUACAGUCAGAAGUCGGUGUUCAGACCUUUCCUGAAAAGAACAAACUGUAGAAAUACUUGGGUCUUAAAUUCACAACUGCAUGAAACCUAGAUAACGCCUCCCUAUUUAUUGUAAAGUCAAAAUAAAGUGGAUGAUUAAUAAGGCGAAUCUAUCCACAUUUAUAAGUGUCAAGAUCAAAAUCCCAUUUUCAGAACUACAAGGGGACUGUUGAGUUCAAUACUUAUACAGUCUUGUAUACGGUUGGACUCACAACAAGAAAAUAAAUACACUACAUCAAGAUUGGCCAAAAUACAGAGAAGGUGUAAACAUACAAGACUAAUCACAAAUCACACUCGUAUGUAUAUUAGUUAGACAUUUCACCUCUAACAGAAAUAGGCUCAUUAAAUCCUGACUCAAAUGUCAGUGUUAACUAUCGCUUAUAGAAUCUGUUUGAUGAAUUCGUACUAUUACAAAUUCAAGAGUGAAGAUAAACAUACUUACCUACUUAUUCACACCUGUGACCCCUCGUGAAUCAUAGGCAGCGAAUCACAGUUCUUUAACCAACUCUUUAUUCGGAUCUACUGUUCACUUGUUUCCAAGUGUUAAUUAUUCUUUUGUUGUCUGCAUCCAAUUCUUUGUGCAAUAUGUUGUUUGGUUUGCCUCUUCUCCCUGAAUCUUCAGGAUUUGCAGUUCAGGUUUGCCUCAUGAUGUAGUUUUAUGAUUACUGAAAUGUAUAUACAGUGUUUACACAAAACUAUUAGACUUUUGGUUAGAUAACGAUUCAACGACUAAAGGAGAUAUGGAUGCCAGCAACAAUGGGACAUAUCACACUUAGACGCUCAGAAUACAAAUUAUCAGGGUAUAUUUAUAGGAAUAUUCGUCAAUAUUAGAGCGAAUACUUUGACAGAAGUUGGGCGCCGGGUAUAUAGAAGACAUCAUUUGUAUAUCUUCUGAUAGGACGGGACCUAAAUGUAUAAAAAUCAAAGCACGCAAGCAAAGGUAUAAAAAUUUCGUAAUACCUUACCUAGUAGAUAUACUGUGUGACAAACAGGCUGUUGGAGAUGACCUAGUCGAUAACCUGUAUUCUUAUACAUGUCUCUAAUUGAAAAGUUGUAUAGAUUCACGUAAUUUUUCACCUUUUCCUUUUUUGUUUUGUAAAAGAAACUUGUGCUGUGAAUUCUAUAUUGUACCGAAAUAAAAUAUUGAAUAAAGCCAUUAACAAUAAUAAAAUAAUCUUAGCGAUUGAAACUUAAAUAAUUCCAACGUUACGUCCAGUAAACUUGUCUGAACCUCUUCUGGGUAAUAAUCAAAAUCAAAAUUUUCAAAGAAUAUAUAAUGUUUAACAAUCAAAUCAAAACUUCAUUGUGUUUAUCCAAUCAUAUUUAGAUGUUGGUUUUAGUAAGUAGGAUAACAUGAGUCAGUUAUACGCGGAUUAUGUGAAAAGUCCACAAUCUGAAGAUAACUGAAUGAAUUGUUUGUUUGUGUAUGUUUAAUUUUCAGGUUUUGGCACAUAAAAUAAAGAUUGAUAGCGGAAGCGCCGGGUUAAUAAGAGCUAAUAAGAGUUCUAGUGAGUAGUCGUGACCAGUAGAGCUAAUCCAAGUCAGAUUGAAACAGGUAUCUACCUCAGUAGAAUGGCAAAUGUUGGCGCGAUUUCGUAGAUUGGUUGGAGUUAGACAAUAACAUCGUUGGAUACCGGCUCAGUGGUUUGGAGGUUAAGCGUUCGUGAGCUAGACUGAAGGACCUGCGUUCGAGUCCCGCGGGUGGGAUCGGGGAUGCGCACUGCUGAGGGUACCCAUACUAGGACAAAAUGGCCAUCCAGUGACUCCAGGUUUUUAAUUGUGGUCUGAUGUCAAUCGAUUCAUGAUCUCAAUCAAAAACGAAUAAGAACAGCCUGAAUGGAAACGGUAUUCAACUAGCUACCACAUGGCAAAUGUUCAUUCACAAGUAAUCGGACUCUUUCUCUAUCCAACCUGUUUAUUUCAUAUGCAUCAUUAUUCUGACAGAAAUCAAUCUGGGUUAUUUUAGCAAUACAAUUAUGUAUUUGAUGGUUCGCACUUUACAUGCACAUUGACUACUCACAAAAAUUUCAACCUCAACUUGCACUUUUUAUAAAACAAAUUAACACCGAAUAUUAACUAUUAAUAACUCAGUCUUACACAUACAUACACAUAUAAUUCAUUCAGUCAUUUAUUUUGAUAUUGUGAACUUUUCACAUGAUCCUCAUAUAGCUGACUCAUGUUAUUGUACUUACUAAAGUCAACAUCUGAAUACGAUUGAAUAGCACAGUAUAGACUUGAUUUGAUUGUUAAACACUAUACAUUUCUUUAAUGAUUUUCACUUUGGUUAUUACCCUGAAGAGGUUCAAACAAGAUUGCUGGAUGAAACUAUGGAAUUAUUUUAAAUUACAAUCGCUGAGAUUAUUUCAAAUACAAUUUUCACAUAUAAUAUCAGUGUGUAUGUUUGUGAAAAAGAAAUAACGAUUAUGUUUGCGUUCAGGUUAUCAGAAAAGGACAAUGUUGGUGUAAAUACUUGAUGAAUGUCAGGUGGUUCGAAACACUAUGUACAUCACCAUUUGAAUUCGAUGAUCAUUAUAUCCUUGGUAAUGUUCUUAUGGAAAGAUUCUAUACUGUAUUUGAUUUCGGUCAGGAACGUAUUGGAUUGAUUUAUAUUUUAAAUCACAAGAAUUAACUGGACAAAUCUUAAUUGCAUAUGCAAUACAUCGCGAAUUUACGUUUUAGAAAUCCUCAUGCAAUUGCUAACUCUGAACAAAUGAUAUUUUGAAAUUUUACAUACGAUAUGUUGUAUUAGCUAUUUUCAUUCAAACUAUAAACGUGUUAAAAGCACGAAUCAACUUGUUACAUACUGCCUUAACUGUGUUUUGGUGUCUUACAAAAAAAAACUUAUUAUAGAUAGAAAUUCAAGACAAGAAGUUUCUUGUCUAUAAAAAUAGUCAACCUUAUACUAUGUAUUUGAGUUUGUUACUAACAUUUUCGGUAAAAGAUUGGACUUAAUAGUAAUUAUUUUGUUCGUUUGAAUGAUA